AUAUCCCGUCCUCUUCCGUGUGCUCAUUCACAACUCGAAAAGGUUGUCGUGAAGACUGCAUUUGGGGUGAAAAAUGCAGAUUUUUACUGUAGUAGCGGUGGUAUUUGCUGUAUGCAGCGUACACGCAAACGUGUACUUUCGGGAGGAGUUCUCGGACGGAGAUGCUUGGAGAAGUCGAUGGGUGGACUCCAAACACAAGUCUGAUUAUGGCGAAUUUAAACUCACCGCUGGGAAUUUUUAUGGCGAUGCAGAGAAGGAUAAAGGUCUGCAGACAAGUCAAGAUGCUCGUUUCUAUGCAACCUCUGCCCGCUUUGAGCCAUUUAGCAACGAAGGCAAAUCCCUUGUUGUUCAGUUUACUGUCAAGCAUGAGCAAAAGAUUGACUGUGGGGGUGGCUAUGUAAAGGUCUUCCCUGCUGACAUGGAUCAGACAGAUAUGCAUGGAGAUUCCACAUAUUAUAUUAUGUUUGGGCCAGACAUCUGUGGCUACAGCACCAAGAAAGUCCAUGUGAUCUUUAACUACAAGGGCAAGAAUCACCUGAUCAAAAAGGAAAUUAAGUGCAAGGAUGAUGAGCUGACUCACCUGUACACUCUGAUCCUGAACCCAGAUCAGACCUAUGAGGUUAAAAUUGACAAUGAGAAGGUAGAAUCUGGCACUCUGGAGGAUGACUGGGAUUUCCUGCCUCCAAAGAAAAUUAAGGAUCCUGAGGCCAAGAAGCCAGAGGACUGGGAUGACCGCGCCAAGAUCGAUGAUCCUGAGGACACCAAGCCUGAGGAUUGGGACAAACCCGAGAACAUCCCUGACCCCGAUGCCAAGAAGCCUGAUGACUGGGAUGAGGAUAUGGAUGGAGAGUGGGAACCCCCCAUGAUCCCCAAUCCAGAGUACAAGGGUGAAUGGAAACCCAAACAAAUUGACAACCCCAACUACAAAGGAGCCUGGGUGCAUCCCGAGAUCGACAACCCUGAGUACAGCCCUGAUGCCACCAUCUACAAGUUUGACAACAUCGCUGUUUUGGGACUUGACUUGUGGCAGGUGAAAUCUGGUACCAUCUUCGACAACUUCCUGAUAUCAGAUGAUGUGAAGGAGGCAGAAGAAAUCGGAAAAGAAACAUGGGGUGCUACAAAGGAGCCAGAGAAGAAGAUGAAACAGGAACAGGAUGACGUAAAACGCAAAGAGGAAGAGGAAAGAAACAAGGCUCAGGAAACAGAAGAGGCAGAUGAUGAGGAUGAGGAUGAGGAUGAAGGAGAGGAGGAAGAGGAGGAAGAAGAUACUAAAGAUGAAGAAGAAGAACAGUCGGAAUCUAACGAAGCAGCAAAACACAAAGAUGAGCUCUGAGUUGACUGUGAAAAUGUGAAAUUAGUUUAUUGGCAUAUGCUUCUAGGGAGGCUCUGUCCUCCAUUCCCAGGCAUUUUGUGGCUGCUGUGCAUCCUUUCUCUGGGAAUGGAGCACAAGACUUCUUAUGUGAGGGUGAAAAUAAUAUAAGGAAGUGUAUGUUAUUGUUGUAAGUUCAUUUUGAGGUUUUUCAUGCCCCCUGUUUUAGAAGAAUUGUCAAUCAAUCCCAAAUGAUUUACUACAGUUUAUUUUAGGCCACUAAUACUCUUCCUCAGCAACAUGUCAAUUGCUGUUUGUCACACACUGGCUCAUCUGAUAAAAUAGUUAAACCAUUUGAAUAAAAAGUAACGUUUGAUAUCAUAAAAUUCUAAUCUUUACUCCUAUGAAAAUCAAAAUGGACUGAAGUAAGUUAUUUUGGUUGUGGCACUGACCUUCAAUACUGAAAAUGAAACUUGAGUGCUAAAAGAGAUUGUAUGUCCACAUUGAAGCUGCUUGAAUGUUUUUUCAAACUAUUGGUGAAACCCCGUGUGACUCUCAACAACGUAAAGUCACAACUGUUUUCUUUUUUAUUGGACAGAAUGUCAAUACCAAAGUUUUUAUUAAAAGAAUAUAACCAUACAAA